UAUGGGCACUGGUGGGUGGCACUGGUGGGCACAGGUGGGUGGCACUGGUGGGCACAGGUGGGUGGGCACAGGUGGGUGGCACUGGUGGGCACAGGUGGGUGCACUGCUGGCACAGGUGGGCGCACUGCUGGGCACAGGUGGGCGCACUGCUGGGCACAGGUGGGCGGAACUGGUGGGUGGCACUGCUGGGCACCGAUCAUCAGGGCACUGAUCAUCAGUGCCCUGAUGUUCGGUGCCGAUCCCUGCUCUGACAACUGCCAGUUCCCAGUGAUCAGUGUGUCAUUGGACACGGCUGAUCACGUGGUAAAAGGCCGCUGUGAUUGGCCUUUUAC